CUGGCCCGCGCUGCAGAGUACAUGGCGGGGGGCAGCCUGAAGAGCGCUCUGGCGCGCAGGGCGGACAUCGUGGCAGGCCCGCUGACGCGGGUGGUGCUGGCGCUGGAUGCCGCCAAGGGGAUGGAGUACCUGCACAGCAAGUCGCUGGUCCACUUUGACCUGAAGUCGGCCAACCUGCUGCUGGGCUACCGCGACCGCCGCCCGAUCUGCAAGGUGGCAGACUUUGGGCUGAGCAAGCAGGCAAGCAGCUGGCGGCGGUGCUCCCAGCGCGGCACGCUGCCGUGGACGGCCCCAGAGAUCCUGCGCACGCCGGACGCCGUGACGGAGAAGAUCGACGUGUUUUCCUUCGGCGUGGUUAUGUGGGAGUUGUGGACAUCCCAGGAGCCGUACGCGGGCAUGAACUACCACGCCCUCAUGAUGCGCCUGGCCAGCCCCAAGGAGCAGCUGCGCCCGCCGCUGCCCGGCAGCCCAGAGUGGGAGGAGCUCGCGCCUGGCUGGUGCACUCUCAUGGAGCGCUGCUGGGCCGACAGCCCCGCCGCCCGACCCACAUUC